AAGAGAGACGGACACCUCUCUGGAUUUUCAUUGGAUUUCUCGAGCUGCAGAAGAGAGAGAAAGAAAGAGAGAGAGUGAAAACCAUCACACUCCCACUGUCCCGAAACGCUUGGGGGGGCAUUGUUAAGUCUGAGUGAGUGCGUAGGAUAAGCAGCGUUGGGAUGCGCAGGAUAAGAGUCUGCUUCCUUGUAGCCAUGGCCAACUACUGAUAAUCGACUCUGAGAGUCUCUUGUUUUCCUAGUGGAACUUAGCCGGCCGGGGGGGCUGUCUUGUUUGUGGGAAUGGCGUAUUUUAGCAGUAGGCAUUGCCGGAAGGGGAGGAGGACGAGGGUGGUAGCACUAGCUCUGUUCUUUCUCUACUUCUGCGGUUGUCUCGUGUCGCUAUCUUGCGCUGCUAGGUUGUCGGCCUCCAUGCAAAAGCUUGAGGUGCAGAAACACUUGAAAAGGCUAAACAAAACUCCCGUGAAAACAAUUGAGAGUCCAGAUGGAGAUAUCAUUGACUGUGUACACAUCUCCAAGCAGCCAGCUUUUGAUCACCCGUUCCUAAAAGACCACAAAAUCCAGAUGAGGCCAAGUUACCACCCAGAGGGGCUAUAUGAUGUGAAUAAGGAAUCAAUGGGACCUAAAGAAAGAACAGGCUCUAUUGCUCAGUUGUGGCACAUGAAUGGAAGGUGCCCUGAGGGUACCAUUCCUGUAAGGAGGAUAAAGGAAGAUGAUGUGUUGAGGGCGAGUUCGGUGAAAAGGUAUGGGAAGAAGAAGAGUAGAAGCAUCCCUAAGCCCAUGGGGAGUGAUCCUGACCUCAUUAACCAAAGUGGUCAUCAGCAUGCAAUUGCUUAUGUUGAGGGCGAGAGGUAUUACGGAGCAAAGGCCACUAUUAAUGUUUGGGAGCCACAAGUUCAGCAGCCAAACGAGUUCAGCUUGUCUCAGCUCUGGAUACUAGCUGGUUCUUUUGGGGAAGACCUUAACAGCAUUGAAGCUGGAUGGCAGGUGAGCCCGGACCUCUAUGGUGACAAUAACACAAGGCUGUUUACUUACUGGACAAGUGAUGCAUAUCAGGCCACAGGUUGCUACAACCUCCUUUGUUCUGGCUUUAUUCAGACUAACAGUGAAAUUGCAAUGGGUGCAAGCAUCUCUCCUGUUUCUGACGAUCAAAACUCCCAGUACGAUAUCAAUAUUCUUAUCUGGAAGGAUCCAAAAGGAGGGAACUGGUGGAUGCAAUUUGGGAAUGACUACGUUUUGGGUUACUGGCCAUCGUUCUUGUUCUCGUAUUUAGGAGACAGUGCAUCCAUGAUCGAGUGGGGCGGGGAAGUGGUGAACACGGAGGCGGAUGGCAAGCACACGUCCACCCAAAUGGGGAGCGGCCAUUUCCCGGAAGAAGGGUUUGGGAAGGCGGGUUACUUUCGGAACAUCCAAGUUGUUGAUAGCUCCAACAAUCUCAAGUCCCCUAAAGGCUUAGGCACAUACACAGAGCAGUCCAACUGCUAUGAUGUCCAAACAGGCAGUAAUGGGGAUUGGGGUCAUUACUUCUAUUUUGGAGGCCCUGGUAGAAACCCUAAUUGCCCAUGAAGCUAAAAAGUAAAAAGGAAUUGUCAUCAUAUCUGUAUAACUCAUUCAAUGCACCAAGCACAGUCUAAAUGUCUAAUGCCUCCUCUAGUCUCUACCAUCUUCUGUGUUAGUUUUAUAUACUAUUACUAGGUUAAGUUAGUAGAAAAUGUCAACUUUUUUUUCUAGAGCUUAGUUUUGACCACCCUUCUUAUAUAGCCUUUUAUUUAAUUAUUUUUUUUUU